UGAACUGAAUCGUGUGUUCCGAAAUUUCCUAUAGAUGGUCACCACCAGAAUCAGAACUCGAGACCACGGAACAAUCAUAUUAUCGAUCAUUUCAUUUCCGUAAUCAUCAAUAUUCCUUUAUCCAUACCGAUGUUCUCAUGCCAUUAAAAGAAAAAUAUAAUAUCGUUUUAUAUUAUUAUUAAUUCGCUUCUUAAAUUGUCGGCUCGCCGCAAUUUAAUACCAUUCGAAACUGUCGAUUGAUUGUUAUAGAUAUUCAAUGCAACAACCGGGAUGAAAAGUUAUUUUUAAGCAACAUUCCUCGAUAAUCGUGUUAAUCCGUUUAUAUAAUUUAUUUUAAAGUAAGGUAUUUAGAAAAUAAAAGCAUGUAUAUUUUGUUGUUCCUCCUAAAUUCGCAAUGCCCAAUGUUGGCCGACAUGCGUCUUUCUAAAACGUGUUUCAUGCCUUAUGGAUCCUGAGGUUGGUCCUGUGCUCCAUCGAAACGCGAAUUUGAUUUGCAUUCAGUUAAAUUUGGGCAGCAAUCAUGUCUUCAGGAAAGAAAGGAAAGAAAAAGAAGUGCAUAACUGUCGGUUUAAUGACAUUUUUGGCUAAAGAGAAUGAAACACCCACUGUGCUAAUGAAACCAAGUUGGGCAGAUGAUAUGGAAGAUGAACAUGAAGGAGGAUAUACAUCAAGAAGCAGCAAAGAACCAGUGGUUCUUCCAACUGCUCCCAGAGCUGCAAGAGACCCGCACGGUCUUGAUAACGAUGUCCCAACUAAUCCUCCCUAUGUAGCAUAUCUUUCUAAUCUUCCAUAUGAAGUGGAUGAAGCAUAUCUAACAGAAUUUUUCUCUGAGAUGAAGAUUUCGAGUAUACGUCUACCAAAAGAAUCUAAUAAACUUAAGGGAUUUGGAUACGUUGAAUUCGAAGAUCGUCAGAGUUUAAUCAGUGCUCUUAAUUUAUCCAAUACUCCUAUGAAAGCAAGAAGAGUACGAAUCGACGUUUCGAUCAGCGUCAAUGACGAUCGUCGCGGGGGUCGCAUGGGUAGAGAUAAUCGUAGAGAUAAUUACGAUGAUUCUGACCGUUCAUCUUGGAGAUUGGAUUGGAGAAGUGGUCCACGAGACAGUGCGCCUUCAGAGGGAGGAGAUUCAUAUCGAAGUCGAUACGACAACAGAGAGAAAAGAGAAGAUCGUGAAGGCGGUUUCGAGUUUGAUAAUAAGCCUGGUGGAUGGCGUGAAAAUACUGAUAGAGGAAGACCAAUGUUGAGAGAUAGAGGUGGCGGUGCUGGUGGUGCUGGUGGUGCUGGAGGUGGUGGUGGUGGCGGUGGCUUCAGAGCUGAUUAUGAUCGGGAUGGUCCACGAAAACCAACAAAAUUACCACCGCCUGGGGACGCUGAAUCAAGAAGUAGGCCGAAAUUGCAACUAAAACCCCGUACAAAACCUGUGGAAGCUGGUGCCGGAAACGAUGGCCAACCUAUAAAAGAAGAUUCAUCUACUGGACCACCUCCUGCUCCUGCCCCUGCUCCUGCUCCUGCUCCUGCUUCUGCUUCUGCUCCUACUCCUGCUCCUGCUCCAGCUCCAGCUCCUGCUCCUGCUCCUGCUCCUGCUUCUGCUCCUACCCCUGCUCCUGCUCCUGCACCUACUCCAUCAACCAACAUAUUUGGUGCCGCAAAACCUGUGGAUACUACAGCCAGAGAUAGAGAAAUCGAAGAGCGUCUUGUAAAGGCAUAUCCAGACACGAAGUUCAAAGAUGAAGGAGAAUCAGAGAAACGCGGCAAAGAUGGUACUUGGAACAGGCGUAAUGGAGAAGGUCGCGAUGAUAAGGAAAAAGAUAGAGGUCGACUAACUUGGCGAUCCGAAGACGACAGAAGUCGACGUAGCGAGAGACCAGCACCACAAAAUAAUCCCGUUCCAUCUGAUCAGUAUGGAGACUCUAGAGGUCCAACCUUCUCUCGUGGAGGACCUCCACCAUCGAAAGGUCCUCAAAGACCAAAUGAUACUCGUGGUUCAGAUAGGGAGCGGAAAGACAGAGAAAAAGACGAUAUCAGCAGAAUGCCAAAGGCAAAGGAUGAGCAAGCUCCAAAUUUCGUAGCUUCCAACAAGUAUUCCAUGCUACCUGAUGAUGUGGACCCUGACAAUAUUGAUGAUUAGUCCUGACCAUUAUACGUCAUCAAUGAAAUUGUGCCACAUCCAUCAUAAAUUGGUCUAUAUAUGCAUAUUAUUAAUUUGUUUUAUCUCUAUUAAAAAAUACUUAUCGAAUUGAUUCAUGAAUCAAGCACUAAGCUCUUGGUAUUACUUUACAGGAAUUAUUGUUGAUUUGUAUUUAAUCUAUUUUAUUAUUCUUAAUAUAAUUAUCAAUCUACAUAUGUAUUUACUUUAUAUUUCGGCAUAUGAACGUUCAGUACCAUUAAAUCGAUGUGAAAAACUAGACAACA